UCUAUUUACAAGGACUGACACUGUCGCCGGGUACAGGUUAGUUCAGUUACAUCCACAAACACUGUCAGUGGAGGAGGAAGCAGAGCUGUUUGCAUCCAGAGUUUUUCACCAGUAUGGAAUAGUUUUUCAGUCAGACGUCAUGGAAAAAGCCAAAUAUUCUUUGAAUGCAAAGUAUCUCCUACUCUUAAUCACUGUCUGCCUCCUGAUUUCCCUUGCAUUUGAGAGGAUCCCCAAAACGUACAGGACGUUCAUGCCCCCACAUAAAUCUAACGUCUGCUCCUCUCGGCUCUCUGACCAGACCAUAACCCCUCUAAACAACACAAAGCAUUUUAUGGUGUCGGCCUUCAUGGACCAGCGAGUGAAAGGCUUUGACAUACGCAUCAUUAGCAUCUUUAGGAGAGACUCCAUCCAGCCUCUGCACUGUCUGUUCUGCUGUGCAGACCAUUUGUCAGAUACAACUCCAGCCACUGUUUUAGUGCACUCAGACCAUUUUAACUUUCCCUACGGCACCACAGAUGUCAUGUGUCAGAUUCCUCACAACUGCAGCGCUACACAUGUUACACUUGUGCCGGACACAGUGAGGCCCACAAACCCGACGUGGCUUCCAUUAAGAAACAAGAAGAUUAUUGAGAAGAAUAAAAGGUUUGAAUUUAACUUCACCGUCUGCAUCUCCACCCUGUUUGGAGGCUACAACAAUGUGCUUCAGUUUGCACAGACCCUCGAAAUUUACAGGCUGCUGGGUGUGGGCAGAGUGGUGGUCUACAACAACAGCGGCGGCCCAGAACUCAGCCGCCUGCUGCACAGCUACAGCCAGGAGGGUUUGGUGGAGCUGGUUCAGUGGCCCAUCCACAAUUAUCUGAAUCCGUCUCAUGGUUGGCGUUUGUCAGUACACGGAGGGGAUCUACAAUACUACGGUCAGCUGGUUGCCCUCAACGAGUGCAUCUACAGGUCCAUGGAGCGCUCACGCUACGUCCUGCUGAACGACAUCGAUGAGAUCAUCAUGCCGUACCAGCACGACAGCCUGACGAGCCUGAUGGACACGCUCCAACCACAGCAUCCCAAUACGGGGGUGUUCAUCAUUCAGACUGUAAUCUAUCCCAAGAAAACCACAGAGGAAAGUAACAAAGGCUACGUGGACGCAUGGAGGCAGGUCCCAGGCUUUAACAUUCUGCAGCGCAUCUACUGGGAGGACCGAAAUAAAGACCAAUACCACCCACACAAGAUGUUAGUUCAGCCAAGCUUUGUGGAGCAGACGUCAGUUCAUGAGAUGCUCAAGGCAUUCGGAGAAAAUUACAAGAUUCCAGAGAAGAUGUGUCAUAUCGUCCAUAGUGUAACAAACCAUCCCAUUGAACGGCCGCUGGAGGAGCUGCACCUGGACAAACGACUGUGGGACUUUAAGGACAGAGUGAUACCACGAGUGACCGAGAUGCUGAGGAGAGCAGGUCUGCUGAGUUCAGAGGAGGAAGCUGAUAGAAUUAACUGAUUCUACGUAUGAUGUAAUGUCUUUUUGAUUUUUUAAAAGAUUUUUAAUGGUGAAUACAAUGUUUUGGUGCUUUUCUGCGAUUUGAUAUGAUUUGAUCCACCUCCCUUAACAGCAACAACCACAUUGACCCAAAAAAGCAGUGGCAUAAACGUUUUGCGCUGAUAAGUUCUGAUCAGCCCAUUAUGGCUGAUAACAUCCGAAGCGGGUUAAUGUAUCACAUUUUUAAUCCACAAUGUGCAAAUGGAGCGGCUUCUUGGUUUGUCAUAACACACUUUGUAAAAGUGUUCUUUUAAUUAUGUUCUUUAAAAUAUUAUCUACCUAACCUCCUUAUAACCAUUAUAACUAACACCCAUCAAAGUGGGGUAAGUGCCUUGCUUGCAGUUGUCCAGUCUUUCAAGUUAUGUAAAUCAUUCCGUUUUUUCCGAAGAGCAUUUUUGUCCACAGGCACAGUUCCUUUCUUUUACGUAUGAUCAUGCAAUUGUUUUCAUUUCCAUUAAGUGAGCUCGCAUUAAUCCUGUUCACACUCAAGUAGCAGGUUAUAGUUCCUCUGAUGUUGCCAGACAGGUAAUGACUUAAUGAUUCAACGUUUAUUACUGAGGUCACAGUGGUGUUGGAAUAAUAGUGAAGCCUAUUUCUAGGAUCUGUGUCCUGCACUAUUAUUCCAUCCUGGUGGGCAUUCACAUCAUUGUAAUUAUUGUCUUGCAGACUUAUUACUGUACAUCACUCUUGAAUAUUUUACAUGAAUAUUUGACAUUAAAAACUGAGAAAAGCACCAGGGCACAAACAUGUACUGGAAUGUCACAGUCUGAGGACUUUACCAGCGACCGAUGCAGAUAUAUAU